AUGUCUCAAAUUAUCACGUACCUCCAGAAGAGCAUGGAUCGAGGCCAGACUUGGAACAAGAGAUGGUUUGUCAUUACCAAGGAGUUUGCCAUGUACGAAUUCAAGGCUCACCAUGAUAUCUAUGCCAUAGCAACCCUACCAUUACCUGGUUACCAAGUAAUAUUUCCUGUGGACAUCAUCGAGAAUGUCUUUUGUUUGAGUCACCAGCAGAAACUUCCUCCAACUUAUCUACAGUCCGAGUGUACUGCAAGCAGAGACAGAUGGUUAAAUGUACUAAAAAAGAUGGUGAACUUGGAGCUUUCCGAGGAAUCGAACCGAAACUCCACUCAUUCCUCCGAGAGUCCCGGAAGUCAGAACGCAGAAGAUGGCUGUGACAAGACGUCCUAGUUGAAUUAGCUGCACAACACAUGAAACUCAAACUAGAGAGCACAACUGAACUAACUUAUAACAUGGAAGAUAGUUUCUUCUAUGGUGAAAACAUCUCAUAAGCUGUAACAUAGUGGAUAAACUCUGAUUAUGUGAAAGUCAACUUUUUGUGCAUAUCAAAUGAAAGUUGGUGACCACUACUUUACCUGAGAGUUAGUUCUAUAGUAAGCACAUCAACCUGAAUUUUAGUGGGUAACCACUAAAAGCUGGAAAGUCAGGUCUAAAUAGUGCAUCAACUGAGACCGAUGGUGGCCAUUUAUUAUAACAGAAAAGUCAGCUUAAAAGAGUGUCACAACAGCAAUAUAUUGGUUAGCAAAUCGUAUCAUAAGAUCAUUGAAUCAUCAUUCAUUAUGAACUUUGAACAAGAAAAGUAUAUAUCUAUAUAUAUAUGCAAUAAAUUCAUUCUGGUUUGUUGUAAAUAAAAAGCAAUUUAUCCAUA